CGUGUUGGUGAAUCGGUUCAGUCUGCGUUCCGCACCGAGCUGCUGCUGAUCCGCUCCUAAUCCGUGAAUAUUCUCCCUCUGCUUCAGGAUUAUUUGCUGAUUAUUGAACAGAAAUACUUCGAAAGGAUUCGGCUUGUUCCUGUGCUGGAGGAUCAUCUGAGCCAUGGAGAACAUCUUCAUUCUGCUCAGCGUAACCCUCCUCGCCGCAGGUAUUCACGGUCAGACGCAGAACGUCGACGUGCAGGAGCUGACCACCCGGAGCGCUGACUUCGCCACGGCGCUGUACCGCAGGAUUGCUAGCACGAGCGACGAUAACUUUGCGUUCUCCCCUUUAGCAGCCACCCUGAGCCUGGCGUCUCUGUCAGCAGGAGCUGGAGAGGACACACUCAAAGAGCUGCUGCACACACUAAAACUGUCUCCUAUGGAGAGAGACGGAGAACCGGACCGGAUCUCCACGUUGUUGCAGCAGAUGAGGGAAGCUGUAGCUCAGACUGUAGCGACGGGUCUGUUUAUCAGCCAGGAUUUCGAGGUUGAUCAAAGCUUCAGGAGCCAGGUGAAGAAGUUCUACAACGCAGAUGUGAAGAGUGUGGAGUUCUCCAACACGCAAGCCACUAAAGCCAGCAUGAGUGAGUAUGUUACAGGCAGCACCGGGAACAAGGUCAGGGAGGUGCUGGACGCCGUGGAUCCUCAAAGCCAGCUCAUGCUCAUCAGUGCUGCAUAUUACACAGGCCAGUGGAAGCUCCCGUUCAAUGCCAGCUUCACUCAGGAGGAGCGGUUCUAUGUUGAUAAGUACCACAUCGUCCAGGUGCCUAUGAUGGUCCGCUCAGAUAAAUACUACCUGGCGUAUGACCCAUCUCUGAAGGUGGGCAUUCUGAAGCUGCGGUGCAUCGACGGUACCGCCAUGCUGGUCCUCCUGCCGGAUGAAGACGUAGAUUACACGUCUGUGGAUGAAGCCCUGACUGCUGAAGUGUUCCUCGGAUGGGUAGCAAAGCUGAAGAAAACGAAGUUAGAGGUCAUGUUGCCCAGGUUCUCUGUGGAGUACACCUUCUCUCUGAAGAACAGCCUCCCUAGUCUGGGCUUUACCAAAUUCCAGGAUAGCAGUGCAGAUCUGACAGGAAUCAGCAAAACCUCUGGGCUGAAAUUGUCUGAGGCACUGCAGAAGGUCCUGGUGGAAGUGGAUGAGCAAGGAGGCUCAGCUGCUCCCUCCUCCAGCAGUCUCUUCAUGGAGACUCUUCCUCCGAGGCUCACCUUCAAUCGGCCUUUCCUGUUUCUCAUCUAUCACGAGGCCACUAAAACCCUGCUGCACAUGGGCCGUGUGAUCAACCCCACUACGAAGUAGUCAAGUUUGUGUUCAUGCAUCACCUAAAACAUAUUUAGCAUACCCUUCCUUCUGUGCACUGAUUAGCAUUACUGGAAUCUCCAUUAUACAAAGUAUAGAUCUGUAUGUAAUGUAAUAGCGUAAACAGUUAUCUACAUGGAGUAAUUCACCGUUAUUAAUAUAAAUGCUUACUGGCCAAGCUAACUUUAUAUGUUACCACCUAAUUCACCCAUAUUAAAGUCAUUAUUACCCAUUAUACCACAGUG